UCUCAGUCUUCUUCUUGAAUCCAUGAGACAUUUUCUACAUCCAUGAUUGUAUAGUGUGUCAAGAUCCUGAGUAGCAAACAUGACAAACGCAUAUUCCUUUGACGGUCUGAUCAUCUUUGGACUUCUAGUCAUCUGUACUUGCGCCUACAUGAGACAAGUCCCUCGUCUCAAACAGUUUUUCCUCUCAGAGAAAAAGGGUUUCCUAGGAGUGUUUUACAAAGCUUCCAUCAUUGGUACGAGGUUACAUCUUGUUGUAGCCACAGCUUGCGUUGUGAUGGGUUUCUACAUACUCUUCAUCAAGUGACCCCAGAGUCAUCCCUCAAAACACUAUUUCCUAAAAGUAGCAAGAUGCUCAAAUAAUCGGCUACCUUCCAGUUGAGAGAUGAUGGAAGCGGAGUUCAAGAAUAUACCUCUCAGAGACUUCUUCUCUCUCUUUGGUCGGUGCUAAGUGGGGACCAAAAAGAGUCAGACUCAAAUGGAUCAUGAGGAGUGCCUUGAUAGCGUUGAAGAAACUGUCAAUAAGUUGUAGGCUCAAUCAUCCGGCUGUUCUUUUGUGAACACUGAAGGUUCUACAGGCUUGAGAUAAUACUGCCAUUUGGACUUACAACCAUGCCAAGGCAUGUUGCCAUCGUCUUGGUAUUGAUGCUCUUUUCAAAGUUUCCAUAAACUGUAAGAUUUUUCAGUGGAAGUGACCUUUACAAAAUGAAAUUGGCCUUGACCUUUAAAAUUCAAGGCCUGUUGUAAAUAGUUUUGUGUUAUUAUGGGUUUCAAUAGUUGCUGAAAAUGCAAAACAGGGCACCCCCGGUUAAAAAAACUAAACCCAUUAAAAACUCAAAACCAGUUUUUACUAAGGGCGUCAACAUUCUUAACUGCAGAUACCCUCUAAAUGGUGACACCAAAACACUGGCUUUUUUGUGAAGGUUGAAAUGUUUCAAUUAUACAGGUGCAUUCUGCAGGUAUCAUAAUGUUCUUUGUCAGAUCCCUCAUACAAGCAGAAGCAUACAUGUAUGCGUGUUGUAAUUUUGUAAAAAGCAUGUUGUAAUAAGAACAGAAACAUAAUAUAUUCAAUUAGUUUUUGCAUAACCUUAGAAAAAAACCUUUGAGCUUGGUUGCCUCUGAUCAAAUGUCAACUUCUCUUAAAAUGAAAGGUUGUAAAAAUAUAAAAUAGAAAUGCAUGUUGAAUUAAAGGGAAGGUACACGUUUGGUAAUGACUCAAAACAAAUAUAUUAUUUUUAAAAACUGAUUUGGUAACAAGCAUUAGAGAUCUGUUGAUGAUAUAGAACACCAAGGGAAACGACUCCCUCUGAAGUAACGUAGUUUUUGAGAAAGAGGUAAUUUCUCACUAAAAUAAUAAAAGACUUCU